AUGAAUAUACAAACCGCUUCCGACAAGAAAACAUUAACUGACGACUAUUACAAAUGGCACAAUAAAUUAUCUGGUCUACCAAGCCCAUUGACAGAUGAAAUUCGUUCCAGUUUAUAUAAAAGAUAUAAGAAAAAAACUGGGCUUGAUCCCUGGAUAAUGUCUGAAACUCCUGAACCCCCACAAAUCGAAAAGACUGAUAAUUACCUUUCACAGGAUUGUGUUAUCAAAAUUUCUAAGUUUCCAGAAGAGAAAAGUAUAAUUAUUGAAACAGUACAUAAACGGUUUCCUUUCUUGUCUUACACUAAUUCGAAUGCAUGGCACCAGGAUGUUUUUAAAUAUACUAAUUCAGAAGCUAAAUGCCCGAUAUGUAAAGAGGUACAUACAUGGGGUGAUUGGAGCUGUCUAGGUAAAAAUGAUCAUUAUUUUCUUAAUUGCUCUUUUCGUAUUAAUCAAAAGAAAGUUAUAAUCGCUAAACAGAGCUUACCAGAAAUUCAAGUAAGUGUACCAAACAAAAUCCAAGAGGUAAAGCCUAAGAAGUUUUUGUCCAUUACUGAGGCCGAGAAAAAAAGGUGGGCCAUGGGGUGUUUUCCUGCUGACUUGGAAAGAGAUAUACGCCUUUAUCGUGAAGGAAUAAAAAGGAAUGAAGACACUAGGAAAUAUCAUAAGUAUAAUCGUGAUAGGCUGGUCGGUGAAGAGUUAUUACGUCGCGGUAUAUUAAAGAGCGGUUUAAGUACUGCAUGGCUUGAUGAGCUUAUGAAAGAAUGGAAAGGAAUCCAUAUACAAUUUACACAAAUUUUCUCUUCAGACAGGAUAACAACGAAGGCAUAA